ACUCCGCAGGUUAUUAUUGCAGUUCUUAUUUCAGAAGUGGGAGCUUCGUCCGGGAUCGAUCAACGACGAAUUUCCACGAAGUUUUCUACGACGCACCGGCCGGCGCGACGCGGCGGCCAUUAAAUUUGAAUUACGAAGUUACGGAGCACGAUGGAAUCGAAAUCAACGACGAUUACGACUGCAGCGGCGCCGGUGGCGUUCGGGCUCACAGAGGGGCUCAUCGAGAAGUUCAGCGGAGACGACAAAUCUUACUCGUCGAGUAAGUGGGCUCAAGACAUCGAGGAUAACGCUGAGAUAUUUCAGUGGACGCCGCAACAAACUUUGAUCGUAGCUCGCCGGUCACUCACCGGGACGGCUGAGCUAUGGUUAAAAUCCGAGAAGGCAUUCAAAACCUACGGCGAUCUCAAGGCUGCGCUUGUGAAGGAAUUUCCAGACACCGCGAACGUCAAGGAAAUGCACGAGCUAAUGGCGGCACGCAAGAAAUUAAAAGGCGAGACGUAUUAUCAGUACAUGUUGCAUAUGAAAGAGCUAGCGCGGCGUGCGAAAUUUCCCGACUACAUCGCGAUACAGUACAUCGUGGAUGGCAUCGACGAUUACGAGAGCAAUAAGGUGAUUCUGUACGGCGUGACCACGUUUCCAGCAUUGAAGGAAAAGCUGGCUUUCUAUGAGAAAAUGAAGUCCAAAACCAGGGAGCGAGAAAAGAGAACCGAGAGGUUAAAAGGUCAUGCGAGGUCGGCGGAGGCGUCCUCGGCAGCAUCGGGAUCGGCGAGGCGGUGCUAUAGCUGUGGUGACAUGGGACAUGAAGCGGGUGUGUGUAAAAACGGAUUGAAGUGUUUUGGGUGUAAUCAGUUCGGUCACAUUCGUAACCAGUGUCCCGUAAAUCCGAUGAGAUCUACGGCUACAGCAUCGGCAUCGGGUCAUUCAGGCGCCAAGAUGGCGGGCGCAGGCGGCAGCGGCGCUCACGGCGGCCGAGGAGGCGGGGCUUCCGGUUCCGGGGAGGCCGGAAAGUUGGGACCCAAGCGACCCGCGGCUAUGUUCGGAACGGUGAACGAAGUAAGCGGAAACGAGACUGUCCGCGCGGUCAUAGACAAUGAAACGUCACUGACAUUGACAGAUGUCAACACUGUAAAUGUGACAGCUACGAGUUACGAAGAUCGAAACGUUAACAUCACGCAUGUAAACAAAUGUGUUCGGAAGCCGGUAAAAGACAUUAAAAUUAAUAAUACAGUUUUAAAUGCUCUCGUAGAUUCAGGAUGUGUAGCAGUCAAUGUUGAUCACAUUCAAGAUCCAGCAGUAAGGAGUGAGGUUAUGCAAUGUGUUGAGGAGUAUAAGCCAUUGUAUAAGGAAGAGGCCCCGAUCCAACUUCAAAUUGUAUUGAAGGAUGACAUCCCAGUGCGACAGCGACCCAGACGACUGUCACUUAUGGAGCAACAGGUAGUGGAAGAUCAAAUCGAGGAAUGGCUUGAUAAAGGCAUCGUGAGGGUGAGUUUCUCAGACACAUUAACACUUAAGAAGAAAGACUUGUCAGCCAAGGUAGCCAGGUGGGUCCUCAUGCUCAGUGAAUAUGAUUUCGAAGUGGAGCACAGAGCGGGCUCCAGGAUGCAGCAUGCAGAUGCUUUGAGCCGCAUACCAACAGUGGCAGUGGUUACUACUCUGCAGGAGAGUUUACGCCAAGCACAAGAUCAAGAUGAUGGCAUAAAAGCCAUAAAGGAAAUUUUGAGAGGAGGAAGUCCAUACGACGAUUAUUGGUUAGAAAAUGGUGUGUUGUAUAAGACUGAGCAGAAGCUGUUUGUAGUGCCAAGAAGUUUGGAGAAAGAAAUUAUUAACAGAGUACACAGCAAAGGUCACUUUGGAAAGUCUAAGAUGAAAGGGUUACUGAAUAAGGAAUAUUACAUUAGAGAUGUGGACAAGAAGAUGCAGGAUUUUUUAUUGAGUUGCAUUCCUUGCCUACUAGCAACAAGGAAGGAAGGAAAACAGGAAGGAUUCUUGAAUCCGAUAGAGAAAGAAGGUGUUCCAUUUGAUACCCUGCAUUUAGACCAUAUUGGUCCACUUACAGAGACAAGAAAGCAAUACAACUACAUACUCACGGUGAUAGAUGGGUUUACGAAGUUCGUAUGGCUGUUUCCCACGAAAACUACUUCAAAAUCUGAGAAACUCACCCUCACGAUGCCUUUAUCAAGCCAUUCCUCGAUUUGAUCUUCCACUACCUGUUGCUCCAUAAGUGACAGUCGUCUGGGUCGCUGUCGCACUGGGAUGUCAUCCUUCAAUACAAUUUGAAGUUGGAUCGGGGCCUCUUCCUUAUACAAUGGCUUAUACUCCUCAACACAUUGCAUAACCUCACUCCUUACUGCUGGAUCUUGAAUGUGAUCAACAUUGACUGCUACACAUCCUGGAAAACAAUCAAUUUGACCAACCCAUUCACAACAA